AGGAGGCGGUAGACAAAAACAAGACAUAGCCGCGUUACUACGGGAUUAAAAACAUGGUUUCAGGUGUCGUGGUUGGUUCAAAUGGUGAAAGUCUCUUCUGUUGAUGAGAAGCACGUCCCCGUGAUGUCGCGUUUUGGCUAUAUAACCGAGGAAUAAAUGGUUCAACGUACCUAGAAAACCCGAGCUUCAGACACAAUGUCGACGAAGGAGGGUGGAGAAUGUAAAAACGGUCAACCUGUUGCCAUGUCACCCGAAAGAAUGGCGACCGACAAAAGCAGAGAGAACCAGAACCAGCGUGGAGUUGAGGCAACGGGAGGCACCACAGACACCAGCACAACAGCAAAAAACUUGGCUUUGCUUAAAGCACACUCUCUGGAUGUGAAGUUCGACGUUGGAGAGGAGUACGAUGUCAUAGAAACCAUCGGCACAGGAGCGUAUGGAGUCGUUUCAUCUGCCAGGAGACGGGACAAUGGCCAGCAGGUGGCAAUAAAGAAGAUCUCCAAUGCUUUUGAAGUGGUGACAAAUGCCAAACGCACAUUGCGAGAGCUCAAGAUUCUCAAGCACUUCAAACAUGACAACAUUAUCGCCAUCAAAGACAUCCUGCAGCCAAACCUUCCCCACUCUGCCUUCAAGUCUGUGUACGUGGUGCUGGACCUCAUGGAGAGCGACUUGCACCAGAUCAUACACUCUGCCCAGACGCUCACCCCAGAGCACACACGCUACUUUCUAUACCAGCUACUCCGAGGCCUUAAAUAUGUGCACUCUGCCAACGUCAUCCACCGUGACCUCAAACCCUCCAACCUGUUGGUGAACGAGAACUGUGAGCUAAAAAUCGGCGACUUUGGCAUGGCGAGGGGUCUCAGUUCGCACCCUGAGGAGUCUCAUUCCUUCAUGACUGAAUAUGUGGCAACUCGAUGGUACCGUGCUCCUGAACUCCUGUUGUCUCUGAAUCACUACACUUUGGCCAUCGACUUGUGGUCUGUGGGCUGCAUCUUUGCUGAAAUGUUGGGGCGUAAGCAGCUUUUUCCUGGGAAGCACUACGUCCACCAGCUCCAGCUAAUUUUGGCCGUGUUAGGCACUCCUCCUGAGGGUUUAAUUGGUGCUAUUAGAGCUGACAGAGUACGCUCCUAUGUUCAGAGUCUUCCAUCACAGUUGGCUAUGCCUUUGGCCAAACUCUACCCGCAAGCUGAACCGCAGGCUUUGGACCUCCUGGGGGCCAUGCUGCGCUUUGACCCUCGUGAACGGAUCAGCGUGACACAAGCACUGGAGCAUCCUUACCUGUCCAAGUACCACGACCCAGAUGAUGAGCCAAUUUGUGUGCCAGCUUUCGACUUUGAGUUUGACAAGCUUCCCAUGAAUAAGGAACAAAUUAAAGAGGCCAUUCUGAUGGAGAUCCAGGACUUUCAUAGAAACAAACAGAUCUGUCGUCAGAGGUUGCAGUUCAGGCCUUUGCCGAGGGUGAACGGCGGAGCUGCAGCACAAAGCAGUAACCAGUGUAAUGCUCAGGCCUCGACUGUCAACCUGACCAAAUCCACAUUGGUUCCCAUGGCACAACACUCACAGGCAGCACAGAUACAGCAGCAGCAAAUGAGUGAGGUGAAAUCUCAACAGCAACAAGACCGCACACCAGCAAAAGUGGGCUGUGCAUUUACAAGUCAGAUGCAAAACUUUAAUAAGUCCACAUCUCUUUUAGAAGUUGCCCCGCCUCGUGUGACCCACAACUUGCCUCUCCUCUCUAAAAAUGUAAGUGUCCCAGUCGAUGUGGACAUGCCCAGUGCCAACUCAGACAGCGGUCAGCCAGAGACUAUAGAUUUAACAACGCCAGUGUCAAGUCAGGAUGGCCCCUCAGAAACAAUGAGAGACAGUGAGGCACAGGAGCAGCUAACCAGCAGUCAAGCUUCUCUGACUCAGCCCACCCAGGGCCAGUCCAUGACCCCAGCUCCCACCAGUAUUCCUGCAACGCAAGCACAGACCCUGACACCCCUACCCACCACUGUGCCUUCCCUUUCUCUCUCUGUGGCACAAGCCCAGUCACUGUCUCAGUCCCUUUCACAGUCACUGUCCAAGAAUGCCAGGCCUCCUCCAUGUGCAGGAGAGGGAACCAGAAAAGAAGGAGCAAUUUCAGAGGAUACUAAAGCUGCACUUAAAGCAGCUUUAUUGAAAUCAGCUCUCAGAAAUAAAUCCAGGGGUGAUGGAGGUACGUCUGCACUGGGCAUGGAUGCUGGUGGAGGAGGUAUAUUGUCCUCCCUGUCGUCUGUUCCAGAGUCGCGUCGGCCUGUCACAGCCCAGGAGCGUCAACGAGAAAGAGAAGAGAAGAGAAGGAAGAGGCAGGAACGAGCAAGAGAGAGGGAGAGGAAAAUGAAGGAAAAGGAGAGAAGAGAGGGAAAGCAGGGGGACUCGCUGGGCGGGGUUCUGCUGAGUGACAACGACAAAAGCCUUUUGCAGCGUUGGACAAAGAUGAUGGACAGUCGCAAUGAGAAAUCUCAGAUUUCUAGUAACGAUGGAGCAAAGAAUAAGGACUGUAAUGUGACCACACACCGGGGCGUAACUAUCGGUGAUAACACUCAAGGUGCUCUGAACAAUAACACGGACAAGGAGGUGAGGAUUCAGUCUCAUGAACAGUUAAUCUCACAAGUCAAGCCUAACCAGCCGAGCUUGUUUCAGCCUCCCAGCACCCAGCAACCAUCAUUACUUUUCUCCAUGAGCCAGAGGAAACCUCCAGCGGAUAUAGUUGUUGCUGUAAGUGGAGGGAUAGAUAUAAUGACCGUCACUGGUGGCUUUGUUAAAAACAACACGCUCAAACCUCACAAUGAGAGCAACGGACAAAGUGGUUUCAACUGUUUGGGGAAUUGGAGCGGCCAGCAAUUAGAGACAAGGCCACUUCAACAACCACAGCAAAACAGGAAACAGCAACCUCUCCCGUCGAGCUUUCUUCAGCCACAGCUACAACCUCAAAGUCAAACCCAGCCGGACCCUCAACCUCAGUCGCAGCUGCUUCCACUGGAGAGUUUUCUGACUAAAGCUCCAACACUUACCUCCAGAGAGACAAAUGGGAAUGUUGAUAUCAGCGGCCAAAACAACCUCAACUCCCACUCGACUACAAGCGCCGGGCCGAUGGAGAAGCUGUGUCCCACUGCAGGGGAGAAAUCGGGGCCACAGACCACAAACCCUCUCUGUGGGGCUUUAGGAGUCCCGUCACAGCCUCAUCCCAGCUUGGGAUUCACAGAUACAGGACAGCAAGGGCCUUCUACUGCCCCUGACAUCCACACAGUAACACUGCAGCUGUCAAAGUCCCAGGUGGAGGACAUUUUACCCCCGGUGUUCUCGGUCACCCCUAAAGGCAGUGGCGCUGGCUACGGCGUGGGCUUCGACCUGGAUGACCUUCUCAACCAGUCUCUCACAGACCUGCAACACUGUGACCGGGACAGUUUUGACUCGGCGCCCCUCUCGGCCUCCCUCUUAUCUGAUUGGAGCGAGGUUCACCGCAUGACUCCAGCUGAUCUGGAAUCACUGCAACAGGAGUUGCAGCUCGGCUCUCCCAUGAUCCUCUCUGAUACCAUUCCCCCUGACGCCUGACUUUCCCUUUCCUGGAAUUUGAAAAGAUAACACUUGGAUUUGUUUAUAUUUUUUGGAGCAUGAAAACCUUGAAUGAAGACUUAUCAAAUUAAUUUAAAAGCUAGCUUUUUUUUAAUAGGCACUACCAGUCAGACGUUUUUUACCAUUAUGACUUGCUGUGCUUUCUUUAUAAUAAAGAAAUCUGUGUCAUUGCC